UUAGACAACUUCAGGUCACAAACUGCUGUCGUCAAAAUGGAUUUGUCCGAACAAAAAACGAGUCUCUCAUUUUCGAUCGAAAAUAUCUUACGAGAAGACUUCGCCCAUCGACGUAGGCCGAAUUUUGUUAACUUCUCCACGCGGGGCGAGUUAGAUUACGAGCGUUGGCCAAGCUCACCUUUUUAUCAGUGUUGUUCGGUGCGUUUCCUAAGCCCCGGCUUUGUGAAAUGUUUACCCAAUAUUCACAGAGUGGAGGACAGAUUACAGAGACCGAAUGCAGCAACAGAAAACCUUUCUUUAGAAGAAGAGAAGAAAUCUUUGGAGGAAGAUAGCUUGGGUUGUAAAGAAAAAGUGAUUCUCCAAGAAAAUGAUGAAAGAUGCGAGAAGGAUUCUGGUCGAAGAUCAAAGUCGGGAAAGUGCAUCGAAAAAGGAGUUAAGCCGCGGAAAAGAAGAAAUCGAAGCCAUUUUACUCAGCGUCAACUACAAUAUCUCGACAAGAUAUUUUCCCGCCAACAGUACCUUACACGCGACGAGCGCACGCUAUUGGCGAGGGGCCUGGAAAUGACUGAACUUCAAAUCAGAAACUGGUUUCAGAACCGGAGAUACCAGAAAAGACAUCGAGGUCAAGAAGAAAAGAAACAAGUUGAACAAGAAAUGUCUGUAGCGUGAAAAAAAAGUAGAAAUUCACCUCCAAGUAAAAUGCGCUUUCAAGACAAAAGAAAAAGAAAAGGUGUCCACGAUAAAUAUUUAUGUUUUUGUGAUAUAAUAUAAUACAUUUAUUUUAAAAAAGAUGGCGUAAGUCCUUUAGUUUAUGUACAUACUGAGUUAACUUACUUAAAGUAUUAUUUUAAGUUAUCGUAUAGACGAUUUUUUCCUAAGAAACUCUAGCAUAUUGAUGCAAUUACGAAGGGUUGUAAAAGUCAGAAUCGUUAAAACAGAGCGGCGAAUUCCAUUCUACUGAAGAUACAUUCACAGUGAUUUGAGGACAUGUUCGCUCUUCCAAUAUCCUGGUCUCGCCCGCAUUUAUAUUUCAAAGUAAUGGAUUUCAUAUUUGCAGAUACUGUUAUUCAUUCUGAAAGUUAUUAAUAGCGAAGAAAAUCGCAGAGAAGUAAAACUACAAUACUGAUGUAUUAUUGCGAACAAGUUUUGGAGGAAAAAGAGAUGUUAUAUUCCUGCAGAAGAAGAUGGGAUUUUUCGUAAAAGUUUUAUUUUAUAAGAAAUUUCAAUCAAUGGAUCAAUGAGAAAUCUCCAAUUUAGUUAAGUUAUUGGCAGAAAAAAUUUUAAUGAUGACAUACUGAAAAAUUAAAGUUGAUAUUUCAAGAAUA